UUUAUAGAAACACCCCUCCCUAGCCGGCCUUGUCGGUGACGAAAAUCUCUGGGGAGGAAACACCCCUCCCUAGCCGGCCUUGUCGUUGACGAAGAUCUCCGGGGAGGACGGGUCGGACUCCUUGCCGGUGAGGCCGUCGAUGUCGGGGCGGGUGGCGCGCAGCCAGCCGAGGACGUGGUCGAAGCUGCGGUUCUCCAUGACCACCACCACCACCGUCUUGACGGGGGAGUGGAUCUCGCGCUUCUUGCGUCGCCGCUUCAGUCGUGGACCGUGGUGGCCCCCGCCAUCCAGGCAGUGCGCGGAGACCAUCAGGGCCAGCAGGAGGAGGGCGACGAGGAGGCGCCGCUCUCCGGUGGCGGCCAUGGCGCCGGAGCGGCUCACGACGGCGCCGGAGCAGGCGCAGUCCAUCACCCGCACCAUCUUCGACGUCGUCAAGGAGCACGGCCCCCUCACCAUCUCUGACGUUUGGGAUCACGUCAAGUAUAUAGCAAAGUUGUAUAAUUCAUGUGGACUGCAUAGAAAUCUUCCAUAGCCAUCAAUAUGCUGGUACGUGCCAUUUUGCCCACCAAAGACUUCAGAUGGAGGAUCACUCCAACAUCGAGUAUACCCACUCUACUCUGGGUAACAUUUUGAGCAACACUGAGACUGAGGAACGGCAAGAACAACACCAACAAGAUGGCCCUUGCCGCGGCGUCCAUCUCCUGAGCUGUUUUGACAGGGACAGGGUGUGUAGGGCCAAUGCAGUCUCUUAUAACAAUGGUUAUCAUUGUUCAUUGCACUAGGGAAGGAUCAAUAAUUGGCGCUAUUCUACCCAAGUCAAAUGGCAUUUCAGAUUGGUCAGCUCAGAGCUAUAAUGUGAACUGUCUGUUUGCACCAUCUUUUUCUUCCGGAAGAAUCUACCGUUCUAUAUGUAUGUAUAAAGUGGAUGACACCUGUACUUCGAGGCGAUGGCUCAGCAAGUUCGAGGAAGGUUCCUGUGGCAAACCCAUUUAGAAUGACGUUGGUAAAUUCCUUCAGACUUUGAUCCUUAAGGAAUGGGAUUGUGACAAGUCAAGGAGCUUGCCUUCCUCAGCUUAUACUCUUCCGUGCUUGUCUUGCAUGGUGGAAGGUCUGUUUACUAAAGUGCAAGUUGCAAUUUUCAUCAAACUGAAGUUGCACAUUCCAGAAUCGAUUGGAAGAUAAGGAACAUGCCCACCUCUAGGUGCUUCGGUAACUGUAUACUUAACCGAUUCUUCUUGGGAAAAUACAGGAACAAGUUAGUCAAUGGCUGUUGAGUAGUGGCAUAUUGCUGCGUGCUGAGUACGGAUUACAUUCAUAUUCAAAAAAUUCUAUGUUUAAGAUCUCGAGGGAUAAGAAAUUCACGCAGGCUGAAAAAUGGCACUACUGCCUGCUGGAAAAAUGGCAAUUAUUUUUGUAGGAGCACAAGUCUUAAGUAUGUCAGUGUGAUUUUUGCUGGUGGCUAAGGACUUUGGAAGAUUAUGCUAAAGAUUUGAGAAUCAGAUGUUGAUAGUUGAAGACUCGAGGUCUCUUAAGAUAAUUGGCCUUCUGAUUUAUAUAUAAAAAUUUAGUGGCAUAAACAACCUGUAAUAACAAGGACCCAUAACUAAUUUCCUACUAUAAUUUUCGUAUACUCGAA